AUGCGUUUUUCCAGCCGUUCUACUCGUACACGUAAACCCUCUGCAACAGAAGAAGAACCUACUUUUAGUGCGCGAAAAUCUCCUUCCAGAAGAACGCCGACUCGCUCUACAACAACCACUAUAGCUACGACUGAUAAAACUGGAAAGACCAGAGCUGCGAAGGCUUUGCAGCCGGAAUUCGAUGCUGCUACAAAUGCCUUAGGAGAUGUGGAUGCUCGCACAUAUUUUGACACAGUAUUAAAGAAGUACGUUGGUAGACCGGGAAGUGGAAGCAAUAGAAGAAGAACCAGAUCAGAUUCCGAAGUACCCGAUGUUAAACCAAUGAAGGUUAAAAAAAUGAAUGUUGAAGAGACUAUCCUAGAAGUGGACGAAGAGACUGAUGCUCGUACCACCAGGGGAAGACAGAAAGCAUCAACACAAGCAACUGAAGAGGGAACAUCAGCUGCACAGUCACCUUCACGUUCAAGACGUGCUUCUAGCGUCACGAUAGGGGAAACUACUCCCGGAAGAAGGCGUCGAACUAGUGGAUCAUCAGUCUCUUCGGUGGGUACAUCGUCUACAUCGAAAUCUCCCAGUCGACGUGGACGACCGCGAGGGAUCGAGACAAUUCCUGAGUAA